GGCGGUGACUGCUGCUGGUGGAUGUGUUCAGCCGUGGGGGGUUUGAGCGGUGCUUCCCAGCCCAGUUUGUGAGGGAAGCGGCGCGCAGGAGGGAGGAUGGAUUUCAGCGUGAAGAAGCUGGCUUCGGACGCGGGAGUCUUCUUCACCAGGGCCGUGCAGUUCACCGAAGAGAAGCUGGGGCAAGCAGAGAAAACGGAGCUGGACGCUCACUUUGAGAAUCUUCUGAGCCGGGCUGACAGCACCAAGAACUGGACAGAGAAGAUCCUCCGGCAGACCGAAGUCUUGUUGCAGCCCAACCCAAGUGCACGAAUUGAAGAGUUUCUUUACGAAAAGCUCGAUCGCAAGAUUCCCUCACGGAUCACCAAUGGAGAACUGCUGGGCCAGUAUAUGAUUGAUGCAGCAAGUGAAUUUGGUCCCGGAACCCCUUAUGGUAGCACUCUGAUCAAGGUUGGUGAGGCACAGAGGCGCCUAGGAGCUGCUGAUCGCGAUUUCAUCCAAUCUUCCAUGAUUAACUUCCUCACACCACUCCGUAAUUUCCUGGAAGGUGAUUGGAAGACCAUAUUGAGGGAGAGAAGACUUUUGGAGAACAGGCGAUUGGACCUGGACGCCAGCAAGACCCGGUUAAAGAAAGCGAAGGCGGCUGAGGCAAAGGCAGCAGCGACACCUGAUUUUCAGGAGACCAGGCCUCGUAAUUAUGUGCUGUCGGCCAGUGCAUCUGCGCUCUGGAGUGAGGAGGUGACGAAAGCAGAGCAGGAGCUGCGAGUGGCACAGACAGAGUUUGACCGGCAAGCUGAGGUCACCCGGCUACUACUGGAAGGCAUCAGCAGUACACAUACCAACCACCUCCGCUGCCUGCAUGAGUUUGUGGAGGCUCAGGCGACGUAUUACGCCCAGUGUUACCAGUAUACGAUGGACCUGCAGAAAUUGCUGGGCAGGCUCUCCGGUGCUUUCGUGGGCAACGCAACCACGCAGGUUCCAUCCAGCGGCGUCUCACCCUCUGCUGCAACUAUUCCCGUGGUCCCAGCAGCAGCAGGACCCUGCAACCCGUCAACGUCCUCGCUGACGUUCACUGAAGUUAGCCCCCCUUCCAGCGGGACGAGGAAGGCCCGUGUUCUGUACGAUUACGACGCAGCUGACUCCAGUGAGCUCGAGCUCCUCGCCGAUGAGCUCAUCACAGUGUACAGUCUGCCUGGAAUGGAUUCCGAUUGGCUGAUGGGAGAGAAGGGCAACAAGAAAGGGAAGGUACCCGUCACUUACCUGGAGCUGCUGAACUAGAGUCCUGUCGCUGAGCUUCUGCCAGAACACACAGGGUUAACUGCGCCGACACUCACAAGUUGCAUUCCACUUCACUCGCCCUCACUUACAACUUUUUUUUGGUAACUCCAGUUGCACCAGAACGCUUAAAAAGUGUGCAAAUAGUUUAUAAUGUCACUUUUUAAAUUAUUUUGUUCCGAUUUAAAUUAUUGCAGACAUGUAUUAAAAUGUUACAUUUGAACCACGUGCUUGGGAAAGCCUGAUGUAAUUUUAAAUGACAUAGUGGACUUCUGCAGGAGCUUAAUGGUUGCAUGGUUUGUUCGAGAGGCUUUUGUAGUAGACACACUGAAGAAUCCCUUAAAACAGGUUCACCCAGUUUGCAAGCCUCCAUUCACUUAUCUGGCCUUAUCACAUAACGAUUCACGCCAUCAAGGAGCCUUCAGGUAAGAGGUUUCUCCCAGCAUGGGAGAAGGGAAAGUUGAGACUCCUGUGUACAAUAAUCUUCCAAACACAAUAAACAUGCACACGCCAGGAACAUGAUUUAAAGGUGGAAUUUAAAACCCUGAGUGAGAAAAACUUUUCUUGCAGUUUAAACCCAGGGCUUGCCAUGUUUUCAAUGUUCAUAAUGGCUUGCAAGUGCACAGUAUAUAGGGUAGUGGGACAUAACUUAAGGGACUGAGAAACUUAGUUAUCUGUGUUUAAACUCAGCUGGAUGUGACCGUACUGAAUGCUGUUUCUCAGCGUCCUAUGUCCGCUCCCCAGUCACAAUAAAUUUCAGAAGUAAUUGUACUUAAAGCAAAACUCAUGAUUUACUAUCCAAGAAUGGGAUUAAAUCAAUUUAACACUAUAAUUUUUAAUAAUUUUAUUUUUUAGAGUACAGUAGUUUUCUGUUUCAAAGUGUUUUAUUCCAUGUAGAUUAAAGGAAUUGAACAAGUAAAGGCAUUGGAAUUGUACUACAGUAUUUGUCCUCUUCCUGUCAGGUGUAUCUCUCCUGUCACCUUCCUUGUGUAAAUGUAUAAUGCAAGGUCCUGGUCAUGUGGUCAUAUCCGGGCUCAUAAUGUCUGCAUCAGUAUGUAUCAACUCCUUCCACUUGAUUUGGGUGUAUUUGCUGCCUGUUAAUGCUGUACUAUACAUAGUGGAAAAACUUUAUUAAAGCAUUCCUUAACCAGA